AUGGAUGAAAACGAUUCAAUUUCUUUAGAAAUUAGCGUUAGUUCUCCAGCUGCCCCCAUAGUUCCGAGCAAUUUCUUCAGUUCAGAGAAAGCAGCAUCCUCCUUUUCAAGCUUGACUGUUUCAGAAAAUGACGAAGCGGUUUUGUCGUCAAAGUCCUCUGAUAUUCUGGACUACCCGAAGAGACUCAGAAUGCAAGCGGGUGCACCGGAUUCACAAAAUUUGCCUUCACACCAGAGAGUUGCUGAAUGGAUGAGAUGUUCUUUCAGAUUUAGUGGCAAUGAGGAAGAAGAAGAAGAAGAAGAAGAAGAAGAAGAAGAGGAAGAGGAAGAAGAAGAAGAAGAAGAAGAAGAAGAAGAAGAAGAAGAAGAAGAAGAAGAAGAAGAAGAAGAAGAAGAAGAAGAAGAAGAAGAAGAAGAAGAAGAAGAAGAAGAAAUUACUGAGUUCCCUUUUUCAGAAUUCAGCAAUGCAAGGGACGUUCAAAUUGACCAAGACCCCAGUGAACAGAAUAUUGGAACUGCUGUCGAGCACGAGGCAGACGAUACCUCAGUGGAACAAGAUGAUGCUACAAAUGUCAGUGACAGGACAGAGGAGGAAUCCAACAUUGGAAGUGACUUACUAGAGAGUGAGGAUACAGUUUUUGAAGAAAGAACAACUCCUAUUUUUGAUGGUUCUGAAAUCUCCGGGGAAACAUUCCAAUACAUGUUUGUUGCGAUGGCAGAGAAACACAACUUCAGCAAGAAGGCGCAGACAGAUUUCCUACUUUUCCUGAACACAAUUUUACACCAAAAUGUGGGCAUUCCAGACAGCAGUGCUGCCAUCUCCAAAAGCAUGCGACACCUCCAGUACCAAAAAACCGAAUAUUCGAAAUGCAAAGUCUGCCAUCAAGAAUUGCAUGGAAAUACACCUUGUCAAGUUGAAACUUGUGAAAAUUACAACAAAAGAAUGGAGCCGUUCAAAUACGUUAUCAUAGAUCUGUUACCACAAAUUCAAAGAAUUAUAUUUGACAACUGGCCUUCCAUAGAAGAAAACAUUUCAUCAUACCAAUACCAAGGUCAUUUCAGUGAUGUUAGUGAUGGAUUAAUCUAUCGAGAUGAGGUUCCAAGAAAUCCAGAUAUAAAUGGAACAUAUACCUUUUCACUGACUUGGCACAUCGAUGGAUCAACCGCAGUCAAAUCUAGAAAUCUGAAAAUCUGGCCCAUUUUCGCAAUGAUAAUUGAAUUACCAAAGCAUUUGCGAUAUUCAUUUCGUAACAUUCUUUUCUGUGGCCUUUGGUAUGGCAAGGAGAAACCUAACUUUACAAUGUUCCAGACGCAUUUUGUUACAGAAGUGCUCAAUCUUACGAAUGGAUUUGACUUGAAGGUACCAAAUAGGCGCCUGUCAUGUAAACUGCGCAUCCAGGGGCAAGUUGCAGAUCUUCCUGCAAAAGCUGCUUCUCUAAACAUGAAGCAGUAUAAUGGCAAGUUUGGAUGCUCGAUUUGUUUAGAACCAGGUGAAAAGGAUGGGGAUAAUCCACUUUUAAGGUAUUACCCCUACAAAUCAACGAAGGCACCUCUACGGAAUCAUGAAGAUACCAUGCAACAUGCUGAUCUCGCAAAUAGCAAGAGCUCUAUUUUUGGUGUAAAAGGAUCAUCACCAGUACAUGAAAUUUUAAAAAUUCCUGAAAAAGUUCUUUUGGAAUUCAUGCAUCAAGUUUUAGAAGGUGAAUUGUAUAGAAGGUUAAAGAGUUUUUUUUUCUUAUCAAGUAAUGAAGCUCCUUUUUCCUUGAAAGAAUGCAUACAUGCAAUUGAUACUUCAAUCACUGCAGUAAAACUACCCCAUGACUUCCCAAAGAAAAUGAGAACUAUUAGUGAAUUAGCAAAAUGGAAGGCCCACGAAAAAGGAAUGUUUCUUUUUCACAUGAGUUUGCCUUGUUUGCGGAGGUAUCUGCCAGCCGAACAUUUUUUCCACCAUAGCUUAUUUGUGACUGGUCUGCGCAUUCUAACCGACGAUUCCCUUGUCGAAGAAGAUAUAACAUUAGCAGAGUUAAUGCUUGAUUCCUAUGUUCGACUUGUUGAAGAAUUGUAUGGGAAGAAAGAAAGAACAUAUAAUUUACAUUCAAUCAGUCACUUUGCUCAGCAAACAAGAAAUCAUGGAAACCCAAUCCUACAAUCUGCCUUCGUAUUCGAAGGCAUGAUCUCUUUGUUAAAAAAGAAGUUCCAUGGUACAAGAGGCAUAAUUUCUCAAAUGAUUCGUAAUAUGGCUACAUCUCAGACAUAUCAAUCUGAAAUUUUGCGGAAUGUUACGUACCCACCACAAGCAAAAAAUUUCUGCAAAAAUGUUUUGCAGUUAAAUGAGAAAAAAGUAAUGAUGUCCGAAACCAUCUAUUUUUAUAAGCCCCUACAAAAGACGGUUCCUCUGGUUCAAAAUCUUGAUUUGGAUACUCUCAAUUUAAUUGGUGAUAAUGAAGAAGUAGUAUUCUCUUCAAGGAUUACUAAAGAAGGCGAGAUAUUUCACAGUGAAAGCUAUUCAUACCGCAGAUCAUCUUGUAGUUUUUUUGUAUCAUUUUUUACACAAGAAGAAAGAACAAUUAACUAUGGGAAAAUACAGUGCUUCUUAAAAAAUUCAAGAGGACUCUUUGCAAUCAUUAAAGUUGCCAAGAAUUUGCAAAAAAAUAUUUGCCAAACAGACGAGCUUCCAAACCCAGAAGAUCCAGUCAUGCGUCAAUUUCAUGCCGAGGGUGUGCUAGGAAGUCAUUUUGUCGCAAUAGGAGACUGUGAAAUUUUCAAAAUAAUUUCAUGUGACAACAUUUUGUCACGUGUUGUGUUCUUUCCAAUGGAAGAUGCAGACCCUAAAGUUAAAGGAUUUGUUUCCACAGUUUUGAAGACAUAUCAGCACAAUUAAAAUAUUUUCUUUACUUUCAGUAACUCAAAGAUUAUUGAAUAAGAUGUCUCUUUUUUCUGCAAAGCAUUCUAACACAAUCAUAUUUAAGAUCCUGACAGGGUUCCCUGUCACAAUCCAAUAGGAUUUUGGAAUCCUUAUGUGUAAGAUCCUAUUCCAGUUCUUGUAAGAUCUACAUUGACAGUCGGGAUCCUGGCAAGAUCCUAUUCAAGAUCCUGUUUUAGAAUCCUGUAAGGUUUUUGGUAGGAUCCUGUGUCAGAUCUUAAAUUGUGUUUAUCCUAUAGGAUCCUUACGCUGGAUCUUGUAUAAGAUCCUAUACACUUAAGAUUCAAGAUGCUGGUAGGAUCCUGGUCAAAAUGUAACAGGAUCCUGUUUAAGAAUCUAUAGGAUCCUAUCGCCAUGUUCAAGAUCCUGACAGGAUCCAUGUCACAAUCCAAUUGGAACUUGGAAUCAUUAUGUGUAAGAUCCUAAUCUAGUUCUUGUAAGAUCCUGCAAUGUCAGUCUGGAUCCUAGCAAAAUUCUAUUCAAGAUCCUGUUUUAGAAUCCUGUAAUGUUUAUGAUAGGAUCCUUUGUCAGAUCUUAAGCUGUGUUUAUCCUAUAGGAUCCUUACGCUGGAUCUUGUAUAAGAUCCUAUACACUUAAGAUUCAAGAUGCUGGUAGGAUCCUGGUCAAAAUGUAACAGGAUCCUGUUUAAGAAUCUAUAGGAUCCUAUCGCCAUGUUCAAGAUCCUGACAGGAUCCAUGUCACAAUCCAAUUGGAUCUUGGAAUCAUUAUGUGUAAGAUCCUAAUCUAGUUCUUGUAAGAUCCUGCAAUGUCAGUCUGGAUCCUAGCAAGAUCCUAUUCAAGAUCCUGUUUUAGAAUCCUGUCAGGUUUUUAGUAGGAUCCUGUGUCAGAUCUUAAAUUGUGUUUAUCCUACAGGAUCCUUACAUAGGAUCCUAUAUAGGAUCAUAUGCACUCAGGAUCUUGCAGGAUUUUUGGUAGGAUCUUGUCCAGGAUCCUAAAAAUCUAGGAUCCUUAUAGGAUCCUUCAGGAUCCUGCAAGAUUUUUCACUGGGGACAGUAC